AUGAGUCUUUUUGGCGAGCAAUACCGUCUUGCAAAUACGAUCGCCAUCGAGAAGUCAGGUCUGGAGUACAUUCGCAUCUAUGCAGGAUUGUUCAUGGACUACUGGGCCAUGCCCAACGUCCAUUCCUACAUGAUGCCAUUCAGCCCUGGCAUCGACAUGUCUCUCAAAAAGGCAGUUGUUCCGGGAACAGGAAACGAUGUCAUGAGCAUGACAUACACCAUCGACCUCGCCCGCUUUAUUGUUCGCCUUUUUGAUGAACCUAAUUGGCCAAAGACUGCCUCAAUCAGCGGCACAGACGCUACUUUCAACGAGAUAAUAGCCCUUCUCGAAAAGUAUCAUAACGCCAAGUUCGAGGUGAUCUAUGACGAUGUAGAGAAGCUCAAGAGCGGGGAUGCAACUUUGGUGUCGAUAACCGAUGAUUCAAGCGGUAUCCCCGUGGCGCUUUUGAAGCAGAUGACAGAUGCAUUCAGUCUCAUGGUUUUCAGCGGUGUUUGUGCCUUGCCUAAGGAGGGCCGCUUGAACGACAUGUUUCCUGAGCUGCGCCUGACGACAGUUGAAGAGCUUCUUGCGAAGGCUUGGGCUAAGAACUAA